CUUUACCCACCAAAUUCCGCACGCAAUCUAAAGUUCACAAGAAUUCUAGAUUAACACUCAUUUUCACGUUUUCAAAAGAAACGAAAAAGUUUUAAAUUUGUAACAAAGUCUAUUCAACCCCUCUCCUCUAGACUUUGUAUCUCACCACUUUGGGACCACCAAUUGGUAUCGAAGGUAACUUCUCACUAUCUACGUUUAGAUUAACGAGAAGCGAUCAUAAUGGUGAAUAAUAUGGAUCACAGUUUGCCCAUGUUUUCUCUUCUAGGUUAUGAUGAUUGGAAGAUCAUGAUGGAAGCACAUCUCUACGCUCUACAUGAUUUCAUGUGGAUGGUGCUUGAGGAUGGACCCUUGAAAAUCCAAAUGGAGAACCCAGAGAGGAAUCCAGCUGCUCCAGAUGUAGUCCAGUACAUUCCAAAGCCCAAGGAAAAAUGGGAUGAUAGAAAUUGCAAAAAGCACAAUCUGGACAACGUCGCCAAAACAGCCAUCUUCAAGACACUUGAUCCCAUCACCUUCUCCAAGAUUAAGCAUCUCAAGACUGCCAUGGAGAUUUUUCAAGGUCUUGGGAAGCUAUGUGAGGGAUCAGAAGACCUGAGAAAGCAGAAGAUAGAAGUCCUGCUUGUGAAGUUCAAAAGCUUCAAAAUGCUUCACAGAGAAUCAUUUGAUAUGUUGGAUGAAAGAUUCCACAAGAUAUUGAAUGAUCUUGCUUCACUUAACCACAUUCUUUCUCCCAAAGAAAAGAAUGUAAGAUUGCUGAGAUCACUCUCAACUGAGUGGUACACCAAAGCCACAGCCAUGGAAGAAGGAAGAAGCCUGGAGAACUACACUGUUCAAGGUCUCCUUGAUGAACUCAGAACCUAUGAGCACGAGCUGAAGAAGAAGAAGGAAGAACAAGUCACUCCCUUCCCCACGGCAUUGAUGACAACUCCAAGAAUCCCAUCAACCAUGGAAGAAGGAAGAAGCCUGGAGAACUACACUGUUCAAGGUCUCCUUGAUGAACUCAGAACCUAUGAGCACGAGCUGAAGAAGAAGAAGGAAGAACAAGUCACUCCCUUCCCCACGGCAUUGAUGACAACUCCAAGAAUCCCAUCAAGUGAAGGGACAUGCACAAGAAACUGUGACACACCUUCCUCCAGCCAGCCGUCAAGCUCAAAAAUGGAGAACUACGAUGAGGAAUUUGCCAUGAUGGUCAAGCAAUUCCGUAAGUUCAAGAACUUCUUCAAGAAGGCUGAUUCAGUCAGAAGGCCAUCCAAGGGAAAGCCACAAGUAAGUGAUUUCCCUCCUGAAUCUUAUUUAUGCUAUAACUGCAAGAAGCCUAAUCACUGGAAGUCAGCAUGCCCGUACCCAAAGGUGGAGAAGUACGGAGAAAGAGAAAGGAACGAGAAGAAAAAGAAGGCAAUGGUGGCUACUGAAAGUGACGAGUCAUCCAGCUCAAGCUCAGAUGAAGAACCCCUCGUCUGCAUGGAGCGUAGAGUUGAGAAGUCCAACCAUGAGGAUAGGUGGACUAUGUCAGAAGAUGACACUCUCUGCCCAAUGGUUAAAGAUGAUGUUGAUCAAGAGGUGAAAUCCCUUAAAAAAGAGCUAGGGAUAUUUAAGUCCAAAGAAGCAGUGAACAAGCUUCUUGAAACGACCAAACAUAAGGGUCGUGAAGGACUUGGGUUUGACCCCUCUAGUUCCAAAAGGAAAGGGAAAACAACUUUCAUCCCUCUUAAACCUACUGCCAAACCAAAUAAGCAGAAAGGGAAGGAAAAGGAGAAACCAACAGGAGUUCCCAAAAAGGAAGCCGCUAAGUACCCAGGUGUCUGGUACUUAGACAGUGGCUGUUCAAGACACAUGACGGGUGAUGCGAGCAUUUUGAGCAAUCUAAUUCCCUAUGAUGGUCCAAGAGUUACUUUUGGAGGAAGCAAUGAUUUUGGCCUUACUAAAGGGCUAGGAAAUCUGGUGUACAAGGAACUAACCAUCCAAGUUGUAUCUUAUGUUGAAGGAUUCAAUUAUAACCUUCUUAGCAUAAGUCAGUUUUGUGAUAAAGGUUACUCCUUGGAAUUCUGCAAGGACAUGGAAUCUCUCAAGAACAUCUCCACAAAUGAAGUCAUUCUCACUGGGAAGAGAAUCAGAAAAAUCUAUGAAGUGAUAUGGAACGAUGUCAAGGAAGUUCUGGAUCUAUCUGACAAGGAUGAAGAAGUCAAUGAAGGAGAUAGAAUGAAGCCUACGGAGUUCAUUCCACUCAGAAGUCUACCACUGAAGACUUCACAGAGAAAUCCGGAUUCAAACAAUGCUGAGCCUACCGGAAAUCUUGGCCAGUCUUCCAAUAUUCGGGAUCACUCAAACGGCGACAAUUCCGGAAAUGGCGACCCAGUGCCAAUCCAUCCGGAAACACCAACAAGUUUUGUUCUUCAACCAGAAGCUGAACUAGAUCAACCUGUCAACCCUAAUCAACAUAAUCUUUGUUGGUUAAGGGAUCAUCCUCCCCAACAACUCAUUGGAGAUAUUCAAUCUGGCGUUCGCACAAGAAGUGCUCAGCAGAAUCUAGAAGCUAUGCUUGCUUGUUUCAUCUCACAAGUUGUCGGCGCAAAUGUUCAUUUCCAGAAGUUGGAAGCCAAAUGCUCCUCACCGGCAUUCUAUCAAAGCUAUCUGGAGAUGAUAGCCGCUCAAGAACUCUCCGAAUUUCUUCAAAUGGAGAUUCGCCUCAAAUUUGAAGAAGAAGUUCUUGAAUUCUACAAAAAUGGAGAGGUCAAGACUACUCAUUCAAAGAAGGACCCACAGAGGACGUUUCAAGUCAUCAAAUCCACUGUUGGAGGGAGAAAAGUGAAGCUUUCGCAGAAGAAUUUGGGAGAAAAGCUUCACCUUCCCAAUUCUGGACUUGAAAUUGAGAGAUUUCCAGUUAAAUAUCUGGACUGGAACAUCAUUGGAAUUUCUGGACAAGCUCCUUCUGGCCAAGUGAAGAAAGCAGAUUUGAACAACGACUACAAAUUAGUGUUGGAACUGGUCAUCGUUUGCCUCGAGUGUGGAAGUGGAGGUCAUGCUGACGACAUCACGCAGGAGAGAGCCUUCAUCAUCAACGCUCUCAUUACCAAAUCUAAGGUAAAUUGGGCUGCACACUUCUUCAAAUUCAUCUCAAAACAUCUGGGAAAGCACAAUCAGAAAUAUCUUUGUCAAGGUCUAUACAUUCGACAUAUUUUGGAGUCUAUAGGAGCUGCUUCUAAAGGAAAGAAGUAUGAAGAAAGAUAUUGGUUAUACUAUCUGUCUUCAAAAGGGGAAAACAGAUCUGGUGCUAGUGCUACUGCAGAGGAAAGCUCAUCAGAUAAUGUCCCAUUCAUCAAUCUGACGAAGACUGCCAAAAGGAAGUAAGUGAUGUCUUCCUCUCUCAGUGUAGAAGCACCACAGAACCAUGUUCCAGUGAAUCUUGAAGAAGCAGAAGAAGUCUCUGUCCAAGGAGAACUCCAAAGAACGAAGAAGAGGAAAAUCACCUCUCCCUCAACAUCUGGAUAUGUCAAUCCGGAUGAGUUGAAGGAGAAGUAACCAGCUGAGGAAACCUCUGAAAGGUAACCAUGCAAGGAUAGGCAGCAGAAUAUAAAAAUGUUAACAUCCUAACAUGAUUAUCUUGCCCAGAAUCACGUACUAAAACUUAUAGUGAGUAAGAAAUUUAUACCUUUCUCCGUAAGUGGUAAAAAGAAAGAAGUCGUAGGAAGAGCGUUGAAAGUGCAAACGUAACCGUUCAAGCGUCCGGUCUCCAACUUUGACACACGAACAACGCCGGAGUCUACCACAAUCUUUAUGCUAGUAAAGAUUAUAGUAGUAU